UGGAAUUUAGUAUAUAAAGGUGUGUGCAUGCGAAAGCUUUACAAAUUUCAAAUGGCAUUUCAGAGGCUGAAUUCGCCUGAGUGGCUGACAGAGAAUUAUGUACAGGAGGCGUUACGUGUUCACCACAAGGAUCCCAGUCUUCACCUACACUCCAUACACGCCCAGCCGGCUAUGGGGAAGGGUGAGAAUUUUGGUGGAGUUUUGACUCGCGUCAUAGCAAAAUAUCAACUUAGCAGAAGCCAACAGCGACUCGAGAAGAGUUUAAUUGUGAAGACCUCUUACGAAAGCGAUCCUAUUGCAAGCGCUAUAAUGGCUCCUUAUGAUAUAUUCAAUCGUGAAAUGUCCAUUUAUGAGGAAGUGCUGCCUAAGUUAACUGCGUUGCUUCGCGAGAUCGAUGAUUCAGAUGAGUUGUUUUCUACAGCCGUCCAUGUAGAUCACAAGCGCCAAUUGCUGAUUUUCGAGGAUCUUAAGGAGAAGGGCUUUAUCAUGGCGAAUCGCUUGCAAGGCCUAGAUAUGACACAUACAAAACUAAUACUGCAGAAGUUGGCUAAAUUGCAUGCCACAUCGGCAGUGCUUAAUGAGCGUGAGAAUGGUCACUUGGAAAAAUACGAUCGCGGCUUCUUUAACCGCUACACCGAUAAUUAUAGUACCUAUUUCGUUGGUUCCCUGUUGUUAUGUGCCGAGUUUAUAUUGAAAAAUAUGCCCGACCUUGCGUUCUAUGGGGAUAAAUUAAAAAGACUGGCACCGCAUUACAUGGAAAUCGGAAAACGUUGCUUCACACCCACACCGGGGCAAGUGAAUGUGUUGGCCCAUGGCGAUGUCUGGAUCAACAAUGUUAUGUUCAAAUACGACCCGAAGACAAGUGAACCAGUAGAUGUGCGCAUUAUCGACUUUCAGUACUCAUUUUGGGGCUCGCCAGCACUAGAUCUGCACCAUCUCUUCAACACCUCGCUGCAAGAGCCCUUGCGCCUUCACAAACAGGAUAUACUAUUCCAAUAUUACCAUGGUAUUUUCAGCGAUGUGCUGAAAAGACUGAGCUAUAGUUCACUCCCAGUACCUUCGUUAAACCAUUUCCGUCAACAAGUUGAACAGAAACGUUUUUUCGCUUUUCAUUCGGCGUGUGUCAUACAACCGGUGAUGAUAAAUGAAGACACAGCUGAUGCAGAUUUUAAUUCUUUGGUAGGCGAGGAUGAGCGUGCAAUUAAAUUCAAAUACAGCUUGUACCGCAAUAAGAAGGUUCAGAAAAAUCUUACAAACUUACUACCAGUAUUCCAUAGACGGGGGCUUUUGGAAGUGAAUCAGGCAGACUUAAUGAAAGACAUAAAAUAUCAGGCAGCCCCACUUUGGUUAACCACGGAGUACCUCGAGCCUAUUUUACGAAAGUAUAAAAAGGAUGAAGGACUUUCGAUCACAAAAUUGGACAUACAACCAGCCACAAAAAAGGGUGACAACUAUGCCAGUGUGAUGACACGAAUCAGCGUCGAUUUCACGUUAAGCACUAGGGAAACCGAACAUGGUUUAUAUAUCGUGAAGACCUCACAUGAAAGUGAUCCCUUCACAGCAGGUAUCAUGAGUCAAUAUGAUAUCUAUAAUACGGAAAUGUUAAUGUACAAAAAAGUCUUACCAAAACUGAGCGAGUUGCUAAAGGAAAUCGGUGACACAGAUAAACUAUUUGCCGACACCAUUUAUGUGGACUACAAGCAUUCAGCUAUAAUUUUUGAAGACCUUGCAGUGUUAAAAUUUGUUACUCCCGAUCGUUUAGCUGGGAUGGAUGAAGCGCAGACCUUGUUGACACUUAAAAAACUGGCCAAAAUGCAUGCAACCGCGGCCGUACUAAAUGAGCGUGAGCCUGGCUUUCUAACUAAAUUGCAAAGGGGGAUAUUUAAUCGUCAAACAAGUGGGUUUGCACCGUUUUUCGAGGGCGUUAUAGAAGCUUGUGCGGAUUUUGCUGGAGAGUGCGCGAGUUUGGGAUCUUAUUACAAGAACAAAUUGCUCAAGUUAAAGUCACAUGUGAUGGAAUAUGGAACGCGUUCCUUUGAUCCCUGUCAGGAUGAUUUUUUAACACUUAACCAUGGUGAUAUGUGGACCAAUAAUGUAAUGUUAAGAUAUGAAUAUUGUGACGGUAUUGAUGAACGAUCAGCAACUGGAAGGAUAAUUAAAGAUAUCCUGCUGAUCGAUUUUCAGUUCAGUGCAUGGACGUCGCCGGCGCUCGACCUUCACUAUUUCUUUCAAACUUCAUUGCCUUUAGAAUUUAAGCUGCACCGAGAGGAUGAACUUGUCAAGUAUUAUCAUGGUUUUUUGUCUGAAACUUUGCGUCUACUCCAUUAUAAAGGACACAUUCCUAGUUUACAUGAAUUUACUGUACAAAUGGAGUCUCACCGAUUUUACGCGGUUGCUUCGUCACUGACAUGUCAGGCUCUCCUUAUUAAUGACAAAACUGAUGAAGCCGAUUUCAACAUUAUGAUGGGAACUGGGGAACGUUCGCAUGCAUUUCAUAGGCUUUUAUACACAAAUAAGAGAAUACAAGAUAACGCUAUAGCAUUACUGCCUUACUUCGAUCGCAAAGGACUACUUGAUGUGGCUAAAUAAAAUAUAAUAGUAAAGGUCUUCAGAAUGUAUAUAUGUACCAUAAUGUAUAUAUAAAUAUACGCAAUUUUAUCGUUAUGUGAAUAACAGAACUAUUCCUAAAUAAAUACAA